AUGGCUCAUCCAAAGACUAUGCGGGCAGUUGUUGUGCGAGGGGGCAAAGGCCCUGCGGAUGCCCUCGAUGUUGACGAUAUCCCAUUGCCUACCGUCAGCGGCAACCAGGCACUCGUGAGGAUCAAGGCAUUCGGCCUAAAUCGCAUGGAUCUACUUCAGCGAGAGGCAAAAUAUCCACUUCCACCUCAGGCACCAGAGACGCUGGGAGUUGAAUUUUCAGGUACUAUCGAAACUCUGGGGCCUAAUGCCAACAAGGACUUCAAGGUCGGAGACGAAGUGUUCGGUCUGGCUUAUGGAGGUGCCUAUGCUCAGUACAUUGCCGUGUCUACUAAUAUGCUUAUUCACAAGCUAUCGGAGCUUUCCUGGGAGGAAGCAGCGGGAAUUCCAGAGACCUGGAUCACAGCCACUCAGGCACUGUAUUUAGUCGGAGAGUACAAGCCGGGUCAGUCUGUCCUCUGGCAUGCCGGUGCAUCUUCAGUCUCGAUCGCUGGUAUCCAACUCUCAAAGGCAGACGGGGCCAAGGCAAUCUAUGUGACUGCCGGCUCUCAGGAGAAGAUAGAUUUCUGCGUCAAAGAGCUCGGUGCAACUGCUGGGUUCAACUACCAUACGCAGGACUGGUCCGCCGAAGUCCUGAAGGCGACCAACGGAGAAGGUGUGAAUGUCAUCGUUGAUUAUAUUGGAGCCAAUUAUUUUCAAGGAAACUUGGAUGCUGCCGCCAAAGAUGGUCACAUCGUGAAUCUCGCAUUCCUGGGAGGAACCAAGCUUCCUGAAGGUGUUGACAUUUCUCCGUUCCUUCGCAAGAGGAUCCGAUUCGAGGGCAGCACUCUGCGAAGCAGAGACGAGGGAUACCAAAAGAAGCUACGGGAUACUCUCGUGGAACAUGCUCUGCCCAAAUUCAGGGAUGGAAGCUUCAAGGUGUUUGUGGAGAAGGUCUUCCCAAUGGAGCAAAUCGUUGAGGCGCACAAGUUGAUGGAAACUAAUCAGACCAAGGGGAAGAUUAUCUGCACCGUAUCAUAG